AUGUUCCUGGCAGAGACCAUCAACUCGAAAUCUGGUCGGGUCUCGCUCGUCCCGCCAAAUGAAGCAGAUGACCCCUAUGUCUCUGUUUUGCGCUCUCACCCCGAUACACGCCGCUAUCUUCGAUUCCUCCCUGACACUGUCGACCUCGCUGCUGCAACUCAGCGCCGGUUGUCGCGGCAAGCUGACCCGUCUCUUGUUGACUUCCACAUCCAUACAACCAACGGCGAGUUUGUUGGGACAACGGGCAUUUUUCGCAUCGAUACCGACUACGGUAAUAGCUGUGAGGUCGGUAUUCUUAUCAUGCCAGAACGUGCUCGCGGGGGCUUGGCGACUGAUGCGCUCUAUACGGUCCUCGAAUAUGUAUUCGAGACGCGGCAGAUGAACAGAGCUGAAUUUCAAACGGGCGUCGACAAUGUACCAAUGAGGGGCUGGCUUGAACGCGCUGGAGCUGCUUUGGAGAGGACCAGAAGGGCAGUGUGGACUGACCCCGCCACGGGAAAAUACUCCGACGUGUGUAUCUAUGGGAUUUUGAAGGACGAGUGGACGGAUGUGGUGAAGGAACGGCUGCGGCUUAAAAUCUUCAAGCAUGUCUAG